AUGCGCAUUACUAUUCCAGACGAACUCCACAAUCUGGAAAGCCAUACCACAGGGGUGCUAACUGAGCACCAGCUUACCAGCACAUACCAUGAUGUGUACAAUAGUCCGAUAGAGUCUCUACCGGGGGAAGUGCACUUUGACCUAGAUCGAACUGUCACACCAGUACAAUGCUCGCCACGCAAUGUUCCAGUCGCACUGAGGGAAGCUGUAAAAGCCCAGCUGGACAAACACAUACAGGAUGGGAACCUAGCCCCAGUGACUGAACCGACAGACUGGAUAAGCAACAUGGUUAUAGUCAAAAAAGCUGACAAAAUCAGAAUCUGCAUUGACCCAAGGGCAUUGAACAAAGCGCUGAAAAGGUCCCACUAUAUAAUGCCAACACUUGAAGAUGUCCUCUAUAAACUGCCCAAAGCCCGUACUUUCUCAUUGGUGGAUGCCCGGGAUGCAUUCCUACAAAUCAAAUUGGACACUGAGAGCAGCUUUCUUACUACAUUCUGGACACCCUGGGGGCGAAUGCGCUGGCUCAAACUACCCUUCGGUGUGUCUGUAGCCCCAGAGGUGUAUCAAAGAAAACAGCAUGAACUACUAGCCGGCUUGCGAGGUGUGGAGCCAAUUGCAGAUGAUAUACUAAUAGUGGGUUGUGGAGACUCACUAGAAGAGGCCACUCGCGACCACGAUGCCAACAUGAUUGCCCUUAUGAACCGCUGCAGAGAAGUGAAACUGAGACUGAGCAUCAAGAAGCUACAGUUUAAACUUAAUGAGGUCCACUUCCACGGUCAUAUACUAUCAGCAGAGGGGUUAAAGCCAGAUCCUGAGAAGGUGAGGGCAAUAAAAGACAUGCCGGCUCCAACCGAUUCAAAGGGAGUGCAAAGGUUCAUCGGAUUCGUCACCUACCUGUCAAAAUUCAUGCCCCGCCUCUCAGCAGUGUGCGAGCCCUUGCGCAGGCUCGUGGAUAAAGACAUGCCAUGGCACUGGCUGCCAAAGCACCAGGAAGCAGUUGAUGAGGUCAAGCGACUAAUUACCACAGCACCGGUACUAAGAUACUAUGACAUUAGCAAGCCCAUUACAGUUCAAAGUGACUCCAGUCAGAAUGGCCUCGGAUCCUGCCUAUUGCAAGAUGGACAACCUGUAGCAUUUGCUUCCAGAGCCCUCACUGCAACUGAGCAGAAUUACGCUCAGAUCGAGAAAGAAUGCCUAAGCAUUGUGUUUGCCUGCCACCGUUUCCACAGUUAUUUGUACGGUCGGGGAAACAUCACUGUUGAAACGGACCACAAACCGCUAGUCGCGAUAUUCAACAAACCUUUGCUUAGUGCCCCAAAACGACUUCAAAGCAUGCUACUCUCGCUCCAAAACUAUGCUCUGGAGGUAACCUAUAAACCGGGCCCAUAUAUGUAUGUCAGUGAUACACUGAGCAGAGCCACAGCACGCUGGCACGAAGUGGACGCACCUCAUGCCCAGCAUUCAGUCUGCAGCAUGUACCGUGAAGAGCUCGACAUAGAGGGCAUAAACCAGGCCGACUAUUUAAAUGUCACGCAUCAGCGUCUGUCGCAGAUUGGGGAGUCCUCUGAGCAAGAUGAACACCUCAAGAUCCUCAAAUCAGUUGUGCUCAACGGAUGGCCUGAUUCAAGGGCAGAGACACCUGUGGCUAUUAGAGAGUAUUGGAACUACCGGGAUGAAAUAAGUUUACAGGACGGGGUGUUCUUCAAGGGCCAAUGCAUUAUCAUUCCAAAGCAACUACGUGCAGAGAUGCUACGUCGCAUUCAUUGGAGCCAUAUAGGUGGUGAGGCAUGCUUCAGGCAGGCUAGAGAAACACUGUUUUGGCCGAAUAUGCAUGGGGAGAUUAAAGACUAUGUAGAACAGUGCACUGUGUGUAACGAAUAUGCACAUGAACAACAAAAAGAGACUAUGAUGUCACAUCCCCUCCCUACACGGCCAUGGCAGAUUCUGAGUAUGGACAUAUUCAACUAUGCUGGCAAGGAUUUUCUGCUUAUCGUCGAUCACUAUUCAGAUUUUUGGGAAAUAGAACUGCUGCCUGACCUGUCGGCGGACACCACCAUUAAGAGAUGCAAGGCUCAACUUGCCAGGUAUGGCCAACCCGACCGAGUCGUCACGGACAAUGGUCCACAAUUUGCUUGUGCUAUGUUCACCAAGUUCUCUCAGGAAUGGGGUUUUGAGCAUGUUACUUCGUCACCAAUGUACCCUAAAGCUAACGGUAAAGCAGAAUCGGCAGUGAAAAUUGUUAAAGGCCUGUGCAGGCGAGCAAAACGUGCAGGAGACGACCCAUGGAAAUCAAUCUUGCUGUGGAGAAAUACGCCAACAAUUGGCAUGGACACUAGCCCCGCGCAACGCCUAAUGGCCCGCAGGCUGAAAACUCACCUCCCAGUGACUGACACACUACUGGAACCUUGCGUUGCAUCAGAAGUUCCUGGCAAGCUGCAUUUCAAACGACAAGUGGCAAAACAUGCAUAUGAUAAAACGGCCAGGGACCUUCCGGCACUAAAUGUGGGGCAAAAUAUAAGAAUGAAGCCACUUCCAGGUGACAGGACUGGCAUAUGGAGACUAGGAACUUGCCUCCAACAAACAGACCCUCGCUCCUAUCUGGUUGAGGUGGAGGGUACACUGUACAGGCGCAAUCGAGUGGACCUCAGGCCAGCAGAGCAAGUGGACCUCAGGCCAGCAGAGCCCAGUCCUAGCAAGCCUGCAGUAACAGUAACAGAGUCCAGUGAAACGCCGAGACUAGAAGUGGAGGCCACAGUGGAGAGCCAGUCUGAGCACUUGCCUGCAACGGACUGCACAUCGGCCUCACAGCCUGAGAGUGAGUCUGAGAUCCCGCAUUACUCACGCAGUGGCAGGCGAAUUCAGCCACCAAAAAGACUUAACCUUUAA